CGGUGGCAUAUUCAUGUACGCAUGUACACACAUAUAUCUACGUAUAUAUACGGUGAAUACGGUGGGUGGGUGGCUGUUCGUCGAUGUCAGUGUGCUCAUCGCUCCUUGAAAGAAGCGAGUCGCGAUCGCGGCGGCAGUCGACGUUUAUCUGGUGGUCGAAAAUAAAAAAAUCGCCGACACGGCCGAACAAGGCGGACAUAGAGCGGAUUGCAUCUCGUGUAAACAUCGUCCUUGUCGUCGAUGACUCCUUCGAACCGUUCGCCUCAUCGCUGACGCGGCGCAUCAAAACGCGUGAAUAUCAAUUGAAGGGCAAACGCGUGGCAAGAUGCAAAUUAGGCAAAUGCUGAACGUGCUCCAUCGCUUUCUGGAACUGAUCGUGAGAGGAAUAUUACUAUUAAUUGCGUACAUCAGUGGACCGGCAGAAUCUCAACCACCUAUCAAAGAUUUAACUCUCUUACACAGCGCGACUACUUUAGCGUUAAAAAUUCGAAAUAGACAAUUAACUUCAGAGGAAGUGAUAUCUUCAUAUAUAGAAAGAAUUAAAGAAAUUCAACCGAUACUCAACUGUGUAGUCGCAGAACGUUUUAAGGAAGCUCUUGAGGAAGCAAGAAAAUGUGACGAAUUAUUGAAAUCUCAGGACGCUCCGUCCGCAGAUUUGUUGGCCAAAGAGAAACCAUUGUUUGGUGUACCUUUUACUACCAAGGACUGUAUCAGGAUGGCGAACAUGCAUCAGACAGCUGGCCUAGUUAUAAGAAAGAACAUUGUUGCUGAUAGAGAUGCAGAAGUGAUAAAAUUAAUGAGGUCAGCUGGAGCUAUACCUCUGGCAUUGACAAAUGUUUCAGAGUUGGCAAUGUGGUGGGAAAGCACUAACUAUCUGUUUGGUACCACCAAGAAUCCCUACAAUACGAGACACAUUGUAGGCGGUUCUUCGGGUGGCGAAGGUUGCAUACAAGCAGCAGCUGGAUCGCCGCUUGGAAUUGGCUCAGAUAUUGGCGGCUCUAUUCGUAUGCCGGCAUUUUUUAAUGGGAUUUUUGGCCAUAAACCAUCUAAGGGAAUAGUCUCUAAUGAUGGUCAAUAUCCUAGUGCGCACAGUGAUGACCAAGAUCAAUUACUCGCCAUUGGACCAAUGUGUAGAUACGCGCAAGAUAUUACAUUAACUCUUAAGAUACUCGCAAAUAAGAAUGUCGACCUACUGAAGCUGGAUCAAAAAGUGGAUAUCUCACAAAUCAAGAUUUAUUAUAUGGAGGACGACGGCGGUCAAUAUCUAAUUUCCCCCGUGGAUCCAGAAAUAAAGGAUGCAAUGAGAAGAAUAUUGAAGUAUUUUGAGAAGGCGCACAAAAUUAAAGCUACAAAAUUGUCUAUAAAGAAAUUAAAAAAGGGAAUAGCUCUCUGGAUGGCAAAUAUGACAGCCAAAGAUGAAAAGGACUUUUCAUACGAGUUAACCAAUAGGAAAGGUCACAUCAAUAUUUGGUGGGAAUUCGUUAAGUGGAUGCUAUUUAUGAGCGAUCACACCUUGGUUGCUCUUCUCACUGCCGCAUUCGAAAGAUUCGGUAUCAAAUAUGGAAGUGAAGAACACAUUCGACUUAUGCAACAAAGUAAAGAUCUCCGUCAAGAGUUUAAGGAUAUUUUGGGAGAGGAUGGUGUGUUUUUGUAUCCAACCCAUCCAACUGCAGCUCCAAUGCAUUAUGAACCGUUGUUCAAACCGUUCAAUUUUUCUUACACUGCAAUAAUUAAUGUGUUAGGCCUACCAGCUACGGCUUGUCCGUUAGGUUUAAAUAAACAAGGGCUUCCCAUUGGUAUACAGGUCGUAGCAGGACUUCACCAAGAUCGUUUGACACUUGCUGUUGCAGAAGAAUUGGAACGAGGUUUCGGAGGCUGGGUACCUCCGGCAAUAGUUUAACAUCAGUACUAUCAUAGACAAUAAUUCAAUGAAUGAAUGGCAUACACAUAACGCCUCAUCUUACCAAACCCUGCCAUCUUUUUCUUGUAAAGUAUUGUGAACUAUUUAUAUCAAAGAUUUCAUAUGUGCGAAUACAUUAUCAAGAUAAAGUACAAACAUAUAUAUAUA